GGGAAAUCAUCGGAGGACAAGAGGCCAGGCCCCACUCCCAUCCCUAUAUGGCUUUUCUUCAGAUCCAAACUCCAAUUGGUGUAAGCCAUUGUGGGGGUUUCCUGGUGCGAGAAGACUUUGUGCUGACAGCGGCUCACUGCUUGGGAAGUUCCACAGUUGUUAUCUUGGGGGCUCAUGAUGUUCAGAGGCGGGAAAGUACCCAGCAGCACAUCCCUGUGCUCAGAGCCAUCCCCCACCCUCAGUAUAAUCCACAGACCUAUAUCAAUGACAUCAUGUUACUGCAGCUAGGAAACAGAACCAGAAGCAACCAAGUGAUAAGACCUGUGGCUAUACCUCAGACCUGGGCCUGGCUAAAGCCUGGCACCUUGUGCACUGUGGCUGGCUGGGGCCGGAUCAGCUUAACCAGGGGAACAAGUGUCCUUCAGGACGUCCAGCUGACGGUGCAGAGGAACCAAGAAUGCAAAUCUCGCUACUUCUCUUACAACAGCCUAAAGCAGAUUUGUGUGGGAAACCCAAGGGAAAAGAAGACUGUCUUCAAGGGGGACUCUGGAGGUCCUCUCGUGUGCAACAACGUGGCCCAUGGCAUCGCCUCCUAUGUCAAUAAAAGAGCAAGUCCUCCAGCAGUCUUCACCAGGAUCUCCAGCUACUUGUUCUGGAUAAAGACAACAAUGAGACGCUUCACCCAGUAG